AAUAACAAAAGGCGGUCUUGUGAAAUUCUUCAAUUUUUGAUAAUUUUUAAUUGAAUUUCGGGCAAAAACGCAGCUUUGAGAUGUUCAAAGCGAAAAAAUCGCGACCUUUGCUCAGCCAAAAGAGUCAAAUUGGGGCGUCGCAGUCUUCAAACACGGAAAAUGAGAGUGAAAACAUUCCUUUGGGACAGCAAGUGACCUCAAAAGAUGAUGAAGAUUUAUUUAUCGCCCCAAGUCAGGAAGUUAGUUUGUCAUUUCAUGACAUGAGAUCCCAAAGAAACGACAGAAGACGUUUCUUGUCUCAACGAAGUCAAGCUCGUUUCACUUUGAGCCAAUCUCAAGGAAAUUUGACCUCAAAACGCAUCCCGAAGACUUAUUUUGAGCAAAUUCUCACACAAACGGGCGUUUCGUACGAAAACGACGUCUAUUUGCUCGACUGUGACGUCUUCCGUUUCCAAUCUCUGCUCGACGAUGCCAUCACAAAAGCCGACAACUACCCACAAAACGUCGCCAUCAUCGUUGAAGACAUCAAAACGAUCUUCGCCAUGCCCGGAGAUGAAGAACGGCGAAAAUUAAUGGCAACAGUGCACUUCAAAUAUCCCUAUUCGGAGGAAAAUCCCGAGCCAGUGGUGCACGAAAGCAUCGGAAACAGCAUGUUAAAGUUUUUGUUGCAAAAUUUGAGGCUUCAGAAGCAAAUGUUCACAGUUUACUUUCGAGAAGUCGCAAAAAGGGCAAAACCCACGAAUGAAGCGGAAUUUCGGGAGUUUGCGGUGAUCGUUGAACAGAUGCGAAUGGUGAACUUUCGCGAAAAUUCGGAUUUUAUUUAUGCGAAAUACUUUGAAAUACUCGCGGAAUGCAAUGUGAGGGCACGAGAAACGUUGAUUUGUGGCAUUAUUGAUUUUGUGGAGCAAAGAAAGCAUACAGCUGCGAUGGAACAAAUUAUGGAAAACAUUGCAUCUCCAGAUGAACUUUUCACUCCGAAACAUCUCGCAACAUUCGCAAAUUUAUUACUUUCCACGGAAACGCUCAACAAAGUCCGUGAAAAAGUCAUCGCCUACAUCAAAAACGGCGCCCCGAAGCAACUUUUGUACGAUUUGGUCAGUUUCAUGGCAAAAUUAAAUCCCGACGAGACCGAAACGUAUCACGAAGUCGUCACUGAGAUCCGCGACGCCGUAAAUUGGUGCAUGGAAGACUCGGAAACGAAAAUUUCGCUCUUCAAUCUCGUUCGUCGCAUCGUAAAUCGCUGCGAUAUCUCGCGUCGCAACUGGCUCAAGUCAAUUUUGUACGUCACCAAUGCGCGCGAUCACAAAAUUAUCGAUCCCGUGGUCUGUUUCAUGAUUGGCCGGAGCGAAGAUGACUUCACGAUGAUCGAGACGUUCUUCAAGAAACGCGUUCGCGAGAAAUUCUUCACAAUUGAGCUGCUGCAGCAAAUGUCGCGACAUGCGAUCGAAAUUUUGCCGGAUUACAUCACGAUCAUGACGGAUCUCUUUCGAAGUUGCUUCAUUGAACGCGAUAAAAUUGUGUCGUUUUUCGGCGCAAUUGGCUUUCGGAUUUUGUUCAAGAUGAAUAUCACGCAGUUCGAUCAUCGGUAUCCGUUGCAGACGUUAAUUCGACUCGCUUGCAUGAAAUCCAGUGAUUUGCCGUUCUCCGGAGACAACGAUGUGCGAACGAAUUCGCUGGAAUUGCUGCUCGAGAUUAAAAGACGCUUGAAAAAUCAAGCAGAUGGCGGAUUUGCGCAAGUUGAGAGGAUUUUGGAUCGCAGCGCUGUUUUGAGUAUCGAUCAAUUUCGCAUUGUGAUCAAACUUUUGUGCAGUUUGGCGUAUGACGGGACAGGAAAUGAGCAUUUAAAGGGGGAUUUGGAUCUGAUGGCGCCCAAAUAUGUCACGAAUAUGCAUUUACGCGUAAAGUUACAAGGCAUCAUCGUCGUCUUCCAAAUCUUAAAUCGAACAAUGUGGACCGAAAAUCCCGACACAGACGAAAGUCUCCAGAUGAGCCAUGACAGCAACAGCACAAUUUCACUGAGCCAAAUCCCCAAUGACGCCGAUUUAUCGAACGCGCGUCUCAUCAAACUCACUUUAAAGUCCUCCGAGCAAAUGAUCGACGCCCUCAUGUUAUUCCACGACGAAUUAGCGACAAUUUUCUCGCCACGGAACAAAAGCCCAUCAUUCGGCGUUAACUACAAAUUCGUAAAAUGGCUAACGGAUCAAAUUCUGAACACAUUUCAGGAGGGCUUCGUUGUCACGGGAUGUCCCGAAAGCGUGGGCGAAACCGAAGUUGAUUAUUUUUUCAACAUAAACGACGUCAACGACGAAGGCGACACAAUUAACGAAGAUGCCUUGGAUAUCGGGGUGAAUAUUGCUGGCGUUCUCUUAAAUCGAAGCGAUUCUUCGUCAGCAACGACUGCAAUUCAACUGAUGUGCCCAAAUUUCACUGCUUUGGCGGCAAUUACGUAUCGUCGGUACAACACGAGCCUCGAAACGAUCAACGCGCUGCUUGGAUGUUCGCUCGUGCUGCCGAAAAAUUUCAACGACGAAGAAAAAUUCUUGGAAGAACAUCAAAUUAUGGCCAUUGACAUGUACUUUCAUGUCGCAAAUUGGUUCAGAUGCGUCAUUUCUGCCUUUAUAACGCAAAAUUCGGAAGCCACAAAGCGAAAAGUGCUCAAAAGAAUCAACCAACUAAUCGAAAUCGAAGCUUCUAUCAAGUAUUUGUUGCAAAAAGUCGAUCCCGGAUACGAAGCGCCGCCCACAACGUUCCAACUGCGCGACGAUUUCGCCUUUGCCAAACCUUUCGGGCUUCCAAAACGCAAAAAGGACGAAAGUGACGACGAGGAAGAUGAAGAAAACCCGGAAAAUCCCGAAAAUUCAAAGAAAAAAUCAAAAAAAUCAAGGAAAAAGCAAAAAACCGACGAAGAUCCCAUCACAGAAUUCGACGAAGAAUCCCUUAACUUGAAUUUGAACGAAACCACAGGAAAUUUAAACGUCCGUACGCAAUUUAAUAUCGCCACGCAAGGCACCCAAGCACCCGAAGUCGUCAAACAUCGCGCCAAAUAUUGGUUCAGCUACGGAAAACAGGAAAAAUAUCGCCAACUCGACAUCGAUAUCAUGAUUUUGCUCGAAGAACCGCUGGAAAUCGUCUAUCCCGUACCCGAAAACGAAGUCGGAAACAAUUUAACACUACAAGAACUCAAAUUCGUCCUCGCUGACUUAAUUUCCAAGACGGAAUCUCUCGCUGGCGUCAAAAAAUUCCGCGGGGAUCAACAAAUUCAGCGCAUUGCAUGCGUUCAGGCGUACAUGCAUGACCUUGUGAUGUCCUUGAAGCACGUGAUUCGCUUCAAAAAUCAACUUUCCGCCUUUGUUUUGGACAAAAUUCGCGAAAUGAACUCCGACAGCAGCGCUGAACGGUUCAGCGACUUGCUGAAUCACGCAAAAAUCUGUCUUGGAUCGUGCUUCCAUCUGUUGGCGGGAAUUUUUUCAUGGCCGAAUUUCGUUAUUGAUGAUUAUCAAGAGCUUUUGAGGACUGCGAUGAAUGCAGUUUUGGAGAAAAAUGACGAAAAAAGUUCAUGUGACUCGUUGGAAGAGGUCCUGAUUGAAGAAUUAGCGGAAAAAACUUUAGAAAAAGUGAUCGGCGAUGAGCCAAGUGUCAUGGAUUUGCGUUCGGCGGUUCAUUUAUUGCAUUUAGUGAAAGCUCUGGCCCAUUUUGCUGAGGAAAAAGACUCGUUAAUUGUCGAUUUGGCGGAAAAAUUGCUCAAACGUGAGUGGUUUGCGUUAGAUGGCACCAAAGAAUGCACCAAAAAUUCGGAUAUUUUGCUCACCGAGAUCCUCAAGUGUUUCACUCGCGAUAUGGAACUCCCGAAACUCGAAGAAAUCCUGAAUUUCGCCGCUUCCGAGAUCAUCGGACUCAAACAAAAAACCGAUUGGAUGCGAAUUUAUCCGAAUUUCAACCGACAAAAUUGCACAAUUUUUUACCGCGUGAUGGCAGUGACGUGCGAACAAGCGAUGAAGCAUUGCGUCGCCACAGUCGUUCGCACAAAAGAUCUCCUCGAGUGCUGGAUGCGAUGUUUCAACGUGCUCCAAGUCUUGCUGAUGAUCAACGAGGAAAAUCCCAUUUUGACAAAUACUUCGACAUUUUUGCGCGUUUCUCACUCGAUAAUGCGGAUUUUUCGCAGUUCCGGCGUCAAAAGUAUCGAAAAAAUGGUUCAUCGGAAUCAGCAGUCGGUGCAAGAUUUGCUGAAAGCCAUGCAAAAAACGACGCGAUUUUUGCACAGUUUGUCCGUUGAUUCGAAGGCAAAGUCGAAUAGUCGGGCGUUGAAGCAAGUUCCGAAAGUUCGAGAGUUAAUGGAGAAGUUGGUGCUUGAAGUGAAGUCGGCAGUUGCGGGAAAUCACGCGUUAAGUGGGUUUUGGGUCUCGAAUUUGGCGAACAAAGAUGUUUAUGGGGAGAAAAUUUUGUCGCAGCUUUCGCAGCAGAUCGAAAAUGGGCAAGAAGAGGAGGAGCAAGAGAUUGAAGAUGACUUGAAUUCGCCGGAAAAUAGCGAAAAUGAGGGUGAAAAUGAAGAAACUGUGAGCGGGGCAAGUGUUGUGUCGAGACCAAGUAAAGUUUUUGAUUGAAUUUGAUUUUUUGUAAAGAAUUUUAAUAAAUUCUUUUUUUUUUUGCAAGGA